GGAGGAAAAAAAAAAACCAAGUACGUUGAAGCAAGGACGAGAAAGGCAGGGUUUAAACGUUUAGGGUUUUGUCUAUCCAGCAAGAAUAAACAGCCGACCAGAAAACCACACUACUCUGAUAACAUUUCAUCCAUCACGUCUUUCAAUUCCAGCUCUCUCUCUUUCUCAACAUGAUAAGGGGCGGUAAAAACUACGUUUCUUCGCCACCAGCCUUCUCCAACGACACCAAACGACUCCUCGUUUGCUCUGGCAACGCCGUCUCCAUCUUCAGCACCGCUACCGGCUUACUGAUAACAUCUCUGGAAGGUCACACGGCGCUUGUGACGGCGGUGGUUGUGGCUCCGGCGACGAUUUCGGCGAGUAAGAUAUUGUGCUAUUGUUGGACGGCGUCUCUUGAUGGGACUAUUCGAUAUUGGGAUUUUUCGGUGCCUGAGUUGAUCAAGACAAUAGAUAUUAAGUUCCCCAUUUACUCCAUGGUGAUUCCAUCUAUAUUAAGCCAACCAGCUGAGAACAAUGAAAAACCAGCAAAAAUUUUUGCCUAUUUGUCUGUUGAAGGUACUAAAGAACCAGAAAAGCAGUCAAAAGCUUUAUGUGGGCAAAUUAGGAAAUGUAACUUGACGGACUCACGUCUGGUUGGUGGAGUAACUUUGGCAGAGACAAAGCAACCAGAAUUGAUAACUAUUAGCUCCUGUGGAAAAUAUAUUGGCAUCCGGAUCAAGCGCAAGCUUCAUAUAUGGAAAGUCCCCAGUGCAGAUUCCGAUCGUACAAUGGCUAAGAAGAUCACACUGCGUCAUACAAAAAAUAUGACAGUUACUGCAUUCCACCCAACUCAGAGAAUUCUUGCUGCAGGAGAUGUGACUGGGAGAAUUUUAAUUUGGAGGGGUUAUGGAAAUAGAACAUUUGCCAGAGGUGAUGGAGGAAGAUCAGUGAAUAAUGAGGAAGAAAGACCCGGAGUGAGGGGUAAUGAUGAUGCUGAUUGCUGCACGACAUGGCAUUGGCACGCUGCUGAAGUAAAUACCCUCUUUUUCUCUUCUGAUGGAGCCUAUUUGUAUUCAGGUGGAAAGGAAGGAGUUCUUGUGGUUUGGCAACUAGACACAGGGAAGAAGAAAUUUUUACCACGAAUUGGAUCUCCACUCCUAUACUUCACAGAUUCUCCAGAUCCUUCUCUUUCCUCUAUAUCUUGUGCAGAUAAUCAAAUACAUUUAUUGAAAAUGCCUUCUAUGGAAAUUUUGAAGUCCAUUUCAGGGAUCAAGCUUCCUUGUUCAUUUCCUGAGACAUACAAAGGCUUAUGUAGUGGGGUUGCCUUUGAUCACAAUGCUGGCUUAAUUGCCUUGCGUACAGAGAACUAUUCUAUUCAGCUAUAUAGUCUAUUUGAUGACCGUGGAAUUUCUGAGGUCCAAGUUUGUGAGAGAAACCAUCAUCCUGGUGAUGACGUCACGGUAGUAGUGACUUUGGUUACUCUAUCAUUGGAUGGCUCAAUGAUGAUUACUACAGAAGUGAAACUUGCCGAGGAGGGCUUAGGUGGACUUGUUUGUCUUAAGUUUUGGGCUUUGGGCUCAGAUAACAGAAAAUUCAGUUUGUCCACUGUAGUUUAUGAACCGCACAGGGAUGCUGGCAUUUCUUCAAUUGCUUUCCAUCCUACCCGUUGUAUGGCUGUCAGCUCAUCUUAUGGUGGGGACUUUAAGACUUGGGUUUGCAACAAUGGGAUUCAACGGAGAGAUCAAGUGCUUACAAGUUCUAGAUGGACUUGCCAUGCUGUUGCCUCAUAUAAAAAAAAGCCAAUGACAGCUGCUACAUUUUCUUAUGAUGGUUCUGUUCUUGCUGUUGCUGCUGAAACUGUUAUUACAUUAUGGGACCCUGACAAAAAUGUUCUUGUGGCUGUAAUUGGGGAGACUCUCACGCCAAUUGUCAGUCUCUCAUUUGUGGGGAAGUCAGAAUACCUUGUUUCUGCAUCUUGGGGUUCAAAACCACAACUAUCUGUUUGGAGUUUGUCAAAGCUCUCUAUAUCUUGGUCAUACAGGCUUCAUGUAGAAGCUAUAGCCAGUGCGGCCGACUUAUCUUUGUUUGCUGCUCUUGUUUUCCUUCCCAAAUCAUCUAAAAGCAGUGAAUCCAAUGAGACAAUUUUUAGAGGAAGAGAUGGAGUAAUUUUAAUUUUUAAUGCAGCAGAUCCUGUUCCUAGUGCCACUUGGUUGGUGAAUAAGGCUAAGGGAGGAGCCCUUGCUUUUCUUCAAGUAAAUCAAUCUUCUGUGGAAGAAAACAUGUUUGAUGGGAAGCCACUUGGAUCAUUGCUUGCAUACAUAAAUGGGGAUCAUGAGUAUAUCCUAUUUGAACCACAUGGAAAAGAAGCUAAUGAACUAGGGACAAUUAAGCAGGAAGCUGUUCCUGACCUUGAAGAAGCAGGGAAAUUUGGGUAUGCAUCUAUCUAUGGUGAGCUCCCAGAGUCUAACCUGAAAAGAACCCAGACUUCAGCAGUAGUUCCAUUUGUACCAUCCGAGAAGCUGUUGGAAACCAUGUUUAGUGGGUCAUCACAUAAUCUUCCACCCCUCACCAAACUAUGUUCAGCAUUUUUGGAAUCAUUGUUGGAAAAGAGGAUUACUGUCUCGGAUUGAUGCCUGGGGAUGUUAGAUACAAGCUUGCCAAUGCAAAUUAGACACGCCCCUCGGAAAUGUCGGUAUUCUUGCACGUGUGAUGAUACAGAAAAUGCAGUUCACACUUGACAUUAUGCCAUGAAUAUCAUUGGUUAAAAUGGCAGCGUAUGUCGUACCGGAUUUCAGCAGUUCAGAGAAGAAAUUUUGUAUGUCAAAUAGAAAGCUUAGUAUAGGCUUCAGAAAUUUUGGUAUGUAUAAUGUUCUCUGGGAUACUUCUACUUGCUUAGAGUAGCUAAAUUAUGAUUAUGCUGGGGAGACGGAGCAGGGCUUUGAAAUUGUUGUGACAUUUAUUUGGUAGAGAAGUAUUGAGUCCUGUCAGAAUCUUGAACAUCAAAUAUUAAAAUGUAGUGGAAAAUUACAUUAUUUUUUU